AUGAAUCUUCGAUGUACGCGAGACGGAAGGAGAACAGAAAUUAGGAUCCAAAGGAUGCAUACGGAUACCCACCGUGUCAAGCAUCUCUUGCUCAAAAGUGGGAUUUUUCAGGCCUUUCCUCCAACUGCGACUAGCCACAGACUCGCUAUGGGGCACACCGGGCUUAUCCAUAGUAGCCACGCUGUUGGAAGCCCUCUCGCUCAGAUGACCCUAUUAUCUACCUCGGCGGCUAAACACCCAUCUCGAAGUGUUUCCCGGGCGGACUUAUAUCUCCGCCUUAUAUCGGAAAUGCGGCCACUCGCAAAUCACGUGAUGAGAUCUAUCUCCGUCUUUAAUGACCAAGCAAAUCUGUCGUUGUUUGUGGCGGUGAAAAAUUUUUUCCAAUUGGGUAGGCGAGAUGAGCAUCACAGCCAAAUUUCAAGUUCAAAGCCAGUCUUUGUCAAUCUUCACCAACUUUAG